AUGAUUGAGGGGUCCUUGGAGAAUUUGCUUACGACUUGCGGUUACAAAGCCGCGCUGCGCUAUGAACUAGGCGAGAGACACACCUUCGACUUUGUUGAAGGCACCGUACCAUGGGAGGCUUCGGCGGAAUCGAUUGUCGAAACAGGAGAAGCGACAUAUGCGUAUUGUGACCCACACCAACCUCAAUCCUGCCUGCAGGCAGUUCAGGAUCUGGAAAGAUACUUGCGCGCCAAAGGCCCCUAUGACGGCGUCAUGGCAUUCAGCCUAGGAACCAGCAUAGCGCUGACCAUACUGAUCGACCACGCUCGUAAGAGGGGCAUGCAAGAACCCCCGUUCAAAGUAGCCGUUCUUUUCUCCAACCCUGGUAAGCCCUAUGAUAUGGAAUUUCUUCGCCUGGGUCGCAUCCAGCCCUGCGAUCCCCAGCCGAUGAUAUCCAUUCCUACAGCACAUGUUUGGGGAUCGGCGGACCCUUUGAAUGAAAAGGCUUCAUUGGCUCCUGGGUACUGCAAAGAGGAGAACAAGUCAGUCUUCGUGCAUAAAGGGGGCCAUCAGAUUCCGACAGCAGCAGGAGAGGUAGUGAUCAUGGCGAAUGUGAUCCACCGCGCUAUGGGCCAGGCUUGA